GCCUGCUCUUUGCCGCGUCUUCCCUGAGGCGGCUGCUGGAAGCCGCCGGGAGCAGCUGUGGUGCUCUGCCAUAUUGUGUCUUCCCCUGCCCGUCCCUCGCCUCCCCGCUGAGGCGGCCGAGCCGACGAACUGUAAGUGUAAAUGGGUCCAGUAAUUGGAAUGACUCCAGAAAAGAGAGCUGAAACUCCAGGAGCUGAAAAGUUUGCAGGAUUAAGCCAGAUUUACAAAAUGGGAAGCUUGCCUGAAGCUGUUGAUGCUGCCAGGCCAAAGGCCACUCUAGUGGACAGUGAGUCAGCAGAUGAUGAACUCACAAACUUGAACUGGCUUCAUGAAAGUACUAAUCUUCUAACAAACUUCAGCUUUGGAAGUGAGGGUCUUCCAAUUGUUAGUCCAUUGUAUGACAUAGAGGGAGAUGAUGUACCAUCCUUAGGACCAUCUUGCUAUCAGAACCCAGAAAAAAAAUCAGCAACUGCAAAGCCCCCAUAUUCCUUUAGUCUUCUCAUUUACAUGGCUAUUGAACACUCUCCAAAUAAAUGUUUGCCUGUCAAAGAAAUUUAUAGCUGGAUUUUGGACCGCUUCCCAUAUUUUGCUACUGCACCAACAGGCUGGAAGAAUUCUGUUCGACAUAAUCUGUCCCUGAAUAAAUGUUUUCAGAAAGUGGAAAGAAGCCAUGGCAAGGUUAAUGGAAAAGGUUCCUUAUGGUGUGUUGAUCCAGAAUAUAAACCCAACCUUAUGCAGGCACUGAAGAAGCAACCUUUUCCCUCAGCAUUAACAUUUUACACCCCUCCUGCAUCUCCACAAAGGGGCUCUUUAUCACCUCAUUUCUUAAGCUCUGUACUCAAGCAAAACCAGGUGCGAACCCUCAAAGAAUCUGAUAUUGAUGCUGCCACUGCAAUGAUGCUUUUAAAUACUUCUAUAGAACAAGGCAUUUUAGAAUGUGAGAAGCCUCUUCCUCUUAAAACAGCAAUGCAAAAAAAGAGGAGUUACAGCAAUGCAUUUAAUCAUCCCAGUAGUGUGCGAUUGCAAGAGAGUGAUUCUUUGGCCACGAGCAUUGAUCCAAAAGAAGACCACAAUUACAGUGCAAGCAGCAUGGCCGCACAGCGCUGUGCGUCCAGGUCUAGUGUGUCUUCUCUGUCCUCUGUGGAUGAGGCAUAUGAAUUUAUCCCAAAGAGUAGCCAUGUGGGAAGUGAUGGCAGCGAAGGAUUUCACAGUGAAGAAGAUACAGAUGUUGAUUAUGAAGAUGAUCCUCUUGGAGACAGUGGCUAUGCAUCACAGGCUUGUGCAGAUGCCUCUGAAAAAGGGCAGCCAGGCAAAAAGAUGCGCAAACAGUUAUGUCAAGAAAUUGAUGAGGAGCUCAAAGAGGCAGCUGGAUCUCUGCUCCACCUUGCUGGGAUCCGAACAUGUCUGGGUUCCCUAAUAAGUACUGCAAAGACACAAAAUCAAAAGCAGCGGAAAAAAUAGAAAUACUUAUUAGUGUGAAAUUAUUUUAAAGUGUGGCAAUACUCUUCUACUUAAUUCUUUACCAGGGAUAUCAAAGCCAUAAUGGACUUUUUUUGUUUUAGGGUGGGGGAAGGGUGCUAAUUACUUGUUUAUUUCACAACAUGUUUGUUUUGAUUUUUAUUAAAUAAUUGCUGUUAGGAUCAUGCCCAACCAUAGAUACGCU